UAAACAUACAUAAGAUAGACUGUAGGGACUGUGGUAUAAACAAGAGGCAAUAAUUUGUUUUUUGUUUAGGACUUUAGGAUAUAUCAUGAAAAAUAAAAUAUCGACUCAUUUGCCAGCCGUACCGUCAUCGCUUUCUCCUUGGAUAAUCGUGAUUUUGUCACUGUGUUUUGUUAACAGUUAUGACGGAGAUUUUGUUUUUGAUGAUAACGAGGCUAUCGUCAAUAACAACGAUGUACGCGACACACCGUUCUGGGAUAUAUUUCAAAAUGACUUUUGGGGUACCAAAUUAUCCCAUAGGCAAAGCCACAAAUCAUACAGACCUUUCACCAUCCUUAGUUUCAGAUUACAAUUCUGGUUACGACAAGGCUUGGUUUCGCAAGACUAUCAUAUAGUAAACAUAAUAUUGCACAGUACAAUUUGCCUGUUGAUUCUGUCCGUAUACAAUAUAUUUUUGGGGCCGGAAGAACGGAGCACUUCAUUUUAUGCCGCAGCCCUAUUUGCAGUUCAUCCAAUUCAUACAGAGGCUGUAUCUGGAAUUGUUGGACGCGCUGAAUUAUUAUGUAGCUUGUUUACGUGGCUAUCAAUCUUGUUGUACAGCCAUACAAUAUAUGCAAAGAAUAUAUUACAGGCAUGUGCUGCCAUGUUCAGUUUUGCUAUUUGCAUAACCGCAGCGAUGCUAUGUAAAGAAACUGGGAUCACUGCCAUUGGUAUUUGUGCAAUAUACGACAUAGUUAUCGUGAACAAGAUAUAUCCGAUUGACAUAAUUAAUUCUCUCACAUUUAAAUAUGCUGAUAAAAGUUUAAAUAAUUUUAUUAAUCUUAGAAAUUUUUUAUUACGACUCGCUGCACUCGUUCUCAUUGCUAUAAUACUUUUGCUUCUAAGGUUCAGUAUUAUGGGGUUCUCCACCCCAAAAUUUCAAUCAGUAGAUAAUCCAGCGUCUUUUAUGGAUAACGUAUUGCUUCGUAUACUCAAUUAUAACUAUAUCUAUUGCCUGAAUAUAUGGUUACUUAUAUGUCCCAUAUGGCUCUGUUUUGAUUGGUCAAUGGGCUGCAUAUCUCUGAUUACUGGCUAUGACUACAGAACUUUUGUAGUCAUUAUUUUCUGGCUCAUGUUUGGAGCAUUUAUUGUGUAUACGUUUAUCUGUCAUAAGGACAAGACUUUAAGAUAUAUAAUUAUGGGUCUUACAGUGUUGAUCUGUCCAUUUCUGCCAGCAAGUAAUAUUUUCUUCAACGUCGGAUUUGUUUUGGCAGAGAGAGUAUUGUAUAUUCCUUCGGCGGGAUAUUGUUUGCUAGUCAUUAUCGGUUUGCAGAAACUUUCUGCCCGAUUUUCCUUGCCUAAGAUGUCGUUGCUGGCAUACGUAAUGCUUAUUGUAUUACUGUUCGUGCGUUCUUGGAUAAGGAGUAGCCAAUGGAGAAAUGAGAGACUGCUUUUUCAAUCAGCAUUAAAUGUAUGCCCUUUGAACGCAAAAGUACAUUAUAAUAUCGCGAAAAAUGCUGCAGACGCAGGAAAUGUUGAUCUCGCCAAACUAGAAUAUAGAGAGGCUUUACGAUUAAAUCCAAAAUAUGCUCAAGCUCUGAAUAAUCUUGGCAAUUUACUUAAAGACGAUGGGCAGCUUUUGGAAGCUGUAAAUUUGUUCGAGCAAGCUGUUAAUUUACAAAAGGAUUUUUCUACGGCGUGGAUGAAUCGAGGUAUAGUUCAGUCAGCAUUGAAAAGGUAUGAGGAAUCAGAAGCAAGUUAUUUCAUGGCUCUGCAAUACCGAUCAAAUUAUCCAGAUUGUUAUUACAAUCUAGGCGUAUUGUAUCUAGAACGAAAACAAUAUGACAAGGCGUUGAAAGCUUGGAUAAAUACGACUAAGCAAAAAUCCACGCAUAAACGAGCAUGGACGAAUAUGAUACUACUAUUAGAUGAUUUAGAUAGGACAGAAGAGGCAUUGAAAGUGGCAAAUAAAGCUUUAAAAUUUAUUCCGAAUCAUGCUUCUAUCUAUUUCAAUAUUGCUAAUAUUUUGGGAAAAAAGGGAAAAUACGAAGACGCAGAAAUCCAAUUCAAACGGGCAAUAUCGAUAGAUCCUAUGGUUCCUAUGAUCUAUGCAAACUUAGGUAUAUUGAGAAAUGCAUCAGCGAUAUUUCAUACCAACCUUCUCUUCCCACUGAUGUUGAAGAAUACAAGUUUGAGAACGCAGGAAUUUGAUACGAUACAACUUGUAUCAACGAAUACUAAGAGUAUUCGAUUCAUGAUAUAUAAGCUAUUACUCAUUAUAUCAAAUUCCUAUAUGUGUUGGUUGCUAAAUCUAUUAUCUCAUCGACCAGUUUAGGAUUGCAAUAGCUGAAAAUACCAGUCACAACUUUUACUUGAAAAACCAAAUUUUUAUGUUUACAUGCAUAUCGAGAAAGUUCAAGAAGCAUUUUUUUAGAUUAACGUAUAUUUUCUUGAAUAAGCAAACUUUCUCACAAAACUCGGCUUUUUUAAAAAGACUUCAAGUUUAUUAAAUUUGCUGAUAUUGAGAAAAAAUAUGGUUGGAUUUGGCAUAAAACAUUCCAUAUUUAUGUAAAUGUGUAUACAUAUGUAUAUGAAUAAUUUAAGAUAAUAUAUAAAAUCAGAAAU